CCGCCGUCUCGAGUCCUUCGAUGAACCUGGGUCCGUCUCCGGCGCUUGAGAAAUCUGGGAAACGGUUACGACAGGAUACUCCACGGACGCUUCCUUCUGGUACUACUGGGCUUCCUCUGGCUAAACGGCGAGCCACCGUACGUGUCACCUUGGUCUCUCUUCCGCCUCUGUCCUCUCCGUUCAUCUAGUUACGCUACUCCCUCUGUCUCUGCCUCUCCCAUAUACACACAUACACAUACACACACAGAAAAUGAGAAAUACUGGACCUGGAUUGACACUUCAUAGUCUCCGGAACUGAAGGGCACCAUCGACCUUACUCGCGAUCUGUCUCAUGCUUCCUCUCCCGCGGCCCCCGAGGCAGCCCGGCAGCUAUCCAGAGCCAACUCGCGGAAAGGCAACUCCUCUUCGGCUCGACACACGGCCAUGGUGCGUUCGCAGAGUCAGCAACUUCCCGUCUCGCACCGUCAACACCACCUGGCCGCGGCUCUGGUCCCCAAGCGGCAAUCCCUGGGAUCCCAACGGCCCCCGCACCUGCGUCUCGACAACGUCGAUGAGUAUUCGCCGUCCGAGUACACCCGCCAGUGUAUAGACGACUCGCUCUUCCAGGAUGGCCCCUCGACCUGGUCGGCGGUGGUCUGGCCUGGGGAUUCGGUGUUGGUGGAUACUCCCAGUGUCUCCUCCCAGAUGCUGCCUCCAACUCAGUCUUUAGCCCAUUUUGGUGGAAUCCCUGUCCCUUCUUCCUCCCUGUCAGAACAAGUGGCCCACUCACUGCCGGUGGCCUCAGUCGAGAUGAGCAGGAGUACCACAACAGACUCGAUCUGUGGAGGUAUCGGCAUGAUUCGGUUUGAUUCUACGGGGUCCAAUCUAAAUCCUGCUGGUUUUGACUUCCCUUCUUUCCCUCCUUCUUCUGCUGCUGAUUUCGUUUCCCCCACGUCCCAGGUGGACGCCGUGUCUUUCCCCCUUUCUCUGUCCCAGACUCCACUGGAUCUGGAUCAGAGUCAUCAAAUUCCGUAUCUUGAUAGCACCUAUGUACCCCUUUCCACCUCCGCUCCCUCUACUACUACCUACCAUCCCUUUCUCACCGUGCCUUCCUCUGACUCUACCUUUACUUUAUCUUCGUGCUCCUCCUCCUCCUCAUCCUCUUCCUCUUCCUCCUUCUCCUCCAUUCCUUCCAAUCAAUCGGUCGAGAUGAGACAUUCUCUGUCCGUCGAGAGCGAUAGCUCUUCGUCGUCUCAGCAGUCCCGGGCUGCGAGACGCACGCAUGAGCAGAUCCUGCAGGGCGCGCGCCCCAUUGCACCUAAAGUGCAGACGCAGCACAGCCCUCCGUCAAAGCUGGCCGAGCAGCAUAAGAUGAUCCGUAUCUCGUCGUCGGACGGGACAGCCAAAGAGGUGGCGGCGAUCCCCAAGGCCUCGGUGCAGCGGCCUCAGCGGCCCAAGACAAAAUGCACCAUGUGCAACGACCAACCCGAGGGCUUUCACGGCGAGCAUGAGCUGCGUCGGCACAUCGAACGUGUGCAUGCCGUCGUGCGCAAGGUUUGGGUGUGUGUGGAUAUCUCCCCCGACAAGACCUUUCUGGCCAACUGCAAGGCCUGCCGCAAUGGCAAACGGUACGGGGCUAACUACAACGCGGCAGCGCAUCUGCGCCGCGCCCACUUCAACCCCUGCCAGCGGGGGCGCGGUGGUCGCGGCAAGGAUAGCGAGAAGCGCGGAGGUAAGGGCGGCGGCAACCGCCCACCCAUGGAGGUGCUGAAACACUGGAUGGUCCAGAAAGAGGAAGUUGUCCUCGAGAAUGCACACAACCUCUGUGACGAUGCCGUAGCAGCACCCGAGAUGGACCUGUCGCCGGCCAUCGAGGGUGAGAGCGAUGACAACAGCAGCAGCAGCAGCAACAACAACAGCAACAGCAACAGCCACCUCGCCUCACUGGCGUUGGAGCCGAGUAUGCUUACGGGCUAUGCGGAAGCGUUUGUCCAGACCAUGGCUCAAGGCUCAUCAUCAUCUUUUGACGUCCCUUUCUAUCCAACUGGCAUUGACUAUGCCAUGUGAUUGUAUAACAUCUCUUUUUCUUUUACUUUUCUUUUUUGAUCCAUUCUUACCGUUUUUUUAUUUACCACCACUUUCUACUUCUGUUCAUGUUUAUAUCUUUCUUCUUCUUCUUCUUCUUCUUCUUCUUCUUCUUCUUCUCUCCGGCUUUUUUUAUUCCUCUUGCAUCUUUUCUCUUUUUUUUUUUUUCCCCCUCUCAUCUCUCUUCUUAUCCCCAACCGCUUUCUAUUCUUUAAUCCCCCCCUCCCGUCCUCUUCUCUCUUAUACUACUUUUUUUGCCUUAUACAUCCGCCGCCUCUACUGAUUGCCUUGGUCACGGCCGUGGUCGCAAGCCGACAGGCGCACCUCUGCGAG